ACAUUAUUUUUAGUUCCAAAAAAGAACGGGGAAAUGAGACCAGUGAUAAAUUUGAAACCCCUCAACAAGUAUCUCCGCAAACAACAUUUCAAGAUGGACACUUUGGCAAAAAUAUUAAACCUUGUAGAAAAAGAAGACUGGGCUUUUUCAAUAGAUUUGAAAGAUGCUUAUUUCCAUAUAAAAAUUUUCAAAAAUCAUCCCAAGUAUCUGCGCUUCCAUUUUCAAGGAGUAACUUACCAAUUUCGAACACUAUGUUUUGGCCCAACAAGUGCUCCUCGAGUCUUUGUCAAAAUAAUUUCAGUGGUAGUCGCACAUCUGAGAAAAUUCAAUAUUCGUCUAGCAAGUUAUCUAGACGAUUGGUUAGCAGUAAACAAAACAAAAAUGUUAUUGUUGAAAGAUCGUUAUCAAAUACUCAGUCUUCUCUUUCAUUUAGGGUUCAUCAUAAACAAGGAAAAAUCACAACUUGUUCCAAUGCAAACUCUCAAUUAUCUGGGCAGUUAUUGGGAUUUAAAAAAAGGGCUAGUGUUUCCAAGCAUGGAAAGACUGGAAAAAUUAAAAACAGCGGUGUCAAACAUUCAAAAGGGUCAAUGCACUGCAAGACAUUUUUUAGUCCUACUCGGAAUGAUAGCCUCAUGUCUAGAGCUCAUUCCAAAUGCCAGGCUGUUCAUGAGACCUAUACAACUUCAUUUAUUAAAAAAUUGGAGCCCUAUCAGAAUGAAUCUGUCUACAAAAAUUCCUUUAACACCUCAACUGAUCCAGGAUCUGAAUUGGUUCUUAUUGGAUCAGAACAUUGGCUUGGGCAGAUCAUUACUGAAAGACAACUUUCAAAUAACACUGACCACAGAUGCCAGUGGCUACGGUUGGGGAGGUCACAUGAACAGCUUGACAUGUCAAGGACAGUGGACUUUGUCAGAAAAAAUGCUUCAUAUAAAUUGUCAGGAAAUGUUAGCAGUUAUGUUCAGUCUCAAACAUUUUCUAUCAAAGCUGAAGGGCAAAAAUGUUCUAGUCCGAUCAGACAAUACAACUGUUUGCCAAUACAUCAAUCGGCAGGGGGGCACGAGAUCAGCCCAAUUAUGCAAUAUGACUAUGAGCCUUUGGCAACUGGCCCUGGAGAACAAUAUUUUGCUGAAAGCUGCUCAUAUUUUGGGAAAGAAGAAUGUGUUGGCGGAUACACUGAGCAGGGAGAGAGUAUGUCAGACAGAGUGGUCCUUGAACAAGACAGUGGUUCUGAAAUUGUUCGAGCUUUGGGGUCAUCCAAUGAUGGACCUGUUUGCUACUUUCCAGAACAAAAAGACUCCACUGUUUUGCUCUUGGAUACACCAUUCUCAAGCAUUUGCCCUAGAUGCUCUGUCAAUUCCAUGGGAAAAUCUCUUUGCUUAUGCGUUUCCACCAGCACAACUUGUUCCCAAAGUACUCAGUCACAUGCAAAAAUAUCAUUGUACAAUAAUAUUAAUAGCAAAUCAGUGGCCAAGACAACAUCAUUAUCCACAGUUACUGAAAAUGUUAAUUGCAAAUCCAAUCAAUCUGCCAUGCAGCCAAAUGCUCUUGACUCAAUGCAGGGGUCGAAUAUCACACCCUUAUCCAGAGUCUCUUCAUUUGACUGCAUGGCUGUUGUCAACAGACAUUGGUCGUCAAAGGGCCUUUCUGGAAACACAAGAAAAUUACUGUCUAAGUCAUGGAGAUCUGGCACACGUAGGGAUUAUCAAAGCAAAUUCAAACAAUUUAAUAGCUGGUGUUGUGAAAGACAAAUUGAUCCGUAUAUUGCCACUUUAGCGGAAUGUGCAGAUUUUUUGACAUAUUUGUUUGAUAAAGGUCUCAAAUACAGAACUAUUAAUGGUUAUAGAUCGAUGUUGUCUUCAAUUUUGGGCCCAGUUGAUAAUACACCUAUCGGACAACAUCCUUUUAUUAUAAGAUUGUUAAGAGCUGUUUUCAACGAACGUCCUCCUUUAAAAAAAUUAGUACCUGAAUGGGAUCUUCUUUUCAUUUUAGAUUCAUUGAAGAAAGCUCCAUUUGAACCGCUGAAGGAUGCAUCUUUACGUUACCUUACUUGGAAAGUUUGUUUUCUGUUGGCGAUUACCACUUUUCGGCGUUGCAGUGAUUUGCAAUCGUUACGUUUAGGUGAAAACUAUGUUAAUGUCCAGAAGAAAGGAUUGACUUUUAUAAGAACUGGCUUAUCAAAGCAAGAUAGACCGAAUCAUUCGGAUAGAAAUAUUUUCAUUCCAGCAUUACCAAAAAACAGGACUUUAGAUCCUAAAAGAGUGCUUUUUCAUUAUUUAAAAAGAACAGAAAAAUUUCGUAAUGCAGGAUCUGACCAAGAAAUUGUUAAGUUGUUCAUUGCAACAAAGAAACCCCAUAAACCUGUUUCAGCUCAGACCAUAUCCAGAUGGUUGGUUAGCAUUAUUAAGUUUUGUUACAAGUCACAAAGUAAAGACAUAGGUAAAAUAAAAGGUCAUUCUACUCGCAGCAUUGGGCCUUCCUUUGCAUUGUUUAAAGGUGCUUCACUUCAGCAGAUAAUGGAGAGUGCCGAUUGGUCAAGAGAAACUACGUUUACUCGGCACUAUUUAAGGACUAUAAAUACAGAUUAUAUGAAUGUGUAAUCACUUCAUUUGGAACUUUUCUCUUAAUUCUUGCGGAUCGCAGGAUAUUUUGUUUAUUUUUAUGUUAAGACAUUGAGAAAGAUGUCAAGACAUCGAGGAAGAUGUCCAUUACAUGAUGAUGUUUGUAUGUAAAUACAGUGGGAUAGAACUAUUUUGUAAAUAUACAUUUGUAUAUAUGACUGUUAAGAAGCAAUAGGAAUUCAUCAUUUAUAUGUUUGGAAGAAACAGAUGAUGAAGAUCAUGCUCUUUUCAUUCUACUAAGUCCUGGGGCGAAUACUUUCGCCAGAAAAGGAACUGACGUUUACUGUGGGAGGAGGAAGUAGAUAACUUACCGAGAGUGCGCAUGCGCCUCACGAAAAGUUUAUCAACUUCCGGGAGAAAGUUUAUUAUGCGGAUCAGAAAAAGAGUAUUCAUACUGUUAU